GGGGGGACUCUGUUAUAAGAGGAUAUGAAGAGAGCCGGGGUCCGGUUACAUUGUUCCGGGCUAUAAUUAGCGGAGCUCAGCGCUGACGCAAGAUGGCUAAAGUUGGAUCUUCUGUGUGUGACAGCGGGAAUUAGGAUCAGGAGCGCCGCAGGAAUAACUUCACGGCCCGGACUGCGAUGAGUGAUGACACUGGCUAUUUUUGAGCGGCGGGAUAAUCGCGUGUGGCUACCUGGGACCUCGGCGUUUCAUAUAUAAAGGGUGCGCGGUUGGGAAAAAAAUGCAGCUCUACAGCAGCGCGUUGACACAUUACCCCGGGUCGUCCUGCAAAGUUUCGAUUCCCAUUGCAAAUAUUGACGGUAACGCGCCAGCGACUGCGACUGCAAACACCGUUGCCGCGAGUAACGCUGAUUAUCAAAUUCCUGCACACGGAGUGGAGGAGACGGGGGCUACGACUGCGCCUGCCGCGAAGAUGCCUGCCUUUUCCUGUUAUGAACCAGUUCCCAGCUCGGCGAGCAAGCCGAGCUACUACACUUCCACCGCUCAGAUCCUGGUUACCAAGCCCGGUGGGGUGGAGAGGUUCAUGCCAGUCCAGAUUAUGAAGGACUCCCGACGUGGCGCAGUAGACCUCUCCGGAACAUACUUCGCUAGUCCGGCAAGCUCGCCGGUUCUGGACGCGAAGGGCUCCUGCUCGCCCAGCGCCCUGUGGCUGGGGGACUUAAUCGACACGAUGAACGGCGAACUGGGCGCGCUGGACGAAUACCAGAAGGUCCUGGAGCACAACAUGAUCAGCUUCGACAGGAAAGCGGACGGAAAGCGUUUCACGAAGGGCAGCGCCCUGAGUGGUCUGGACCACGAGUGGCACCAGAGCGCCUGCUCUCCGGGCGAGGGUCCCCACGACGCCGAGGCGCCCGACACGCUUUUGAACGACAGGGUGUCAAACGCCUGCGAGGAUUUGGCGUCUCCAGAAGCUCGGCUUGUUGGCCGGCGUUGCCAGGAGAGCACGGAGCCCGCUGGCACAGACCUUGCCGGGGAAGCGCCAGGCGACAGCCUCCUUCAGCCCUCCGCCCCCGGCGUGGGGGGCAGCCGAGGUGAGAAAAACGAGCAGGUGGCACACUAUCUCGCCGAGGUGGAGAAGCAGAACAAGUAUCUCCAGGAGAGGGAAAAGUACAGGUUCCACGUCAUACCCGACGGGAACUGCCUGUACAGGGCUGUGAGCAAAGCAGUGUACGGCAACCAGUCGGCGCACAAAGAGCUGCGGGAGCAGACGAUGCACCACAUCGCGGAUCACCUGGACGAGUUCUGCCCCAUCAUCGAAGGCGACGUGGGCGAGUUCUUGAUCAACGCCGCCCAGGACGGCGCCUGGGCUGGGUAUCCGGAGCUGCUCGCCAUGGGCCAGAUGCUGAACAUCAACAUCCACCUCACUACCGGGGGCAGCGUGGAGAGCCCCACCGUGUCCACCAUGGUCCACUACCUGGGCGACGAGGACCCCUCUAGGCCGAGCAUCUGGCUAAGCUGGCUCAGCAACGGACACUACGACGCCUUAUUUGACCGGCCCCUACCCAACCCGGAGUACGAGAGCUGGAGCAGGCAGGCGCAGGUCCAGAGGAAACGGGACGAAGAACUGGCCAAGUCUAUGGCGGCGUCUCUGUCCAAAAUGUACAUCGAGCAGAAUGGAUCUACGUGACCUGCUCUUAGGGUUCCGAGAUGGCGUACCGUACAAUUGUGCGUUCUGUCCGAAACCGAAAUGUAUGUUUCUGAAAUAGGGCACCUUAAUCACAGUUUGAUGGCACUUUAAAACGCAUGCAACAUGCCGUACAGAAAUUGCCUUAAUUUAUUUUUUUCUAAACCGAAUGUUUUUAAUGCAUUCACGUGGAGCUACUGAAGGUUGCGGUGCACCUGCGUGUUGUAUAGAUUUUUUUAUCAUUAUUUUUGUAUGGAAGUGCUGAAUUUAUAUCCACAAGUCGGAUUCCUUACGUUGUGCGUAGAGGUCGCAAAGAAAGAAGUUUACAUUACUGUGUUACUAGUACCAGUCCUGUACUAGAGAAUAAAGCACAGGACUGAAGUUUGGGAAGAGAAAGAACAGUUUUUUGACAACUUAUUUUUCAGGUGUGCGAAAUUAUAUAUGUGUACAUUUAUAAACUUUAUACACUUAACCGCUGAUUGGUAAUUGCGUAAUGAGUCUAUUUAAUUGCCUUUUUGUGUUUUGCUGGGUCGAACACUUGUUUUGCUGCAAGAUCAUUCUAUUCCAGGCUGUUUGCUUGUCUUGAAAGCGCGGUAUUUUGUAUCGAAGAUCUGAAUCUUAUUUUUUUAAAUACUAUUUUUUUUUCUAAGUAGAUUGCUGGAUCGGAGACGUACCAUUGUAAGACUGAAAGUUUUGUUUCGUGGCUGCAUUAUCAUUUUGAAGUAAAGGUUUAAUUUUUCUGGACGA